AUGCGGUUCGACGAUGCCUGGGCGCUACUAUCCGAAGCCCUACAGCAAAUCUACGAACGGGAUGCUUCCAAUCUAUCCUUCGAAGAGCUGUACCGGACAGCCUACAAAAUGGUCCUCAAAAAGCAUGGAGAUCCACUGUAUAACAGUGUGAACGAUCUCGUCAAAACCCGGCUACAGAGGGUAACCACCACACAGCUAAAGCCUGCCAGGCCAAAUUUUGCCCCUACCAGUAGUGCUUUGGAGCGACGGGAGAGCGGGAACCGAUUUUUGGCUGCCGUUAAACAGAGUUGGGAAGAUCACCAGCUUUGCUUGGGCAUGAUCACGGACAUUCUUAUGUAUUUGGACCGUGUUUUCUGCAAUGACAACAAAAAACCGUCGAUCCAGGUUACUGGCAUGGCGCUGUUCCGUGACAAUGUCCUUCGCAACAGAGACUACGAUAUCGGUGCUGACUUGAACCGGGUCAUCCUCGAGCAAAUCAGGAUGGAAAGAGAUGGAGAUGUCAUCGAUCGAGCACGGAUCCGUUCUUGUGUAUACAUGCUGGAAGGGCUAUACGAAACAUUGGACGAGAGGGAAGAUCAGAAGCUGUACCUGACGAAGUUUGAAGCUGAAUUCCUUACUGCUAGUAAUGAAUUCUAUACUGAAGAAGCCCGAAAGCUGCUUGAGGUCUGCGAUGCGGCUACUUACAUCGAACGAACAAAUGAUCGCCUCAACGAAGAAUGGGAACGUACGCAAAGUACAAUUUCCACACUGACGGAGCCCAAAAUCCGAGCUAUUGUAGAGAAACAUCUGAUUACCGAUAACAUCCGAGAGGUCAUGCAGUUAGAGGCCUCUGGUCUGAAUUUCAUGGUAGACAACGAUCGUUAUGAACAGCUGAAGGUGCUGUACAAUUUGGUGUGGCGAGUAGACAACAACGUGAUGGAAAUCAGGCGGAUGUUGAAGGAACGGGUUGUUUACUUGGGAAGGGAGAUUAACAAAGGGGUCUAUGGAUUCAGGAAACCAGCUGCUCCUGGAGAAGGCCCGAACGGAGAGGCUGAGGAUAAGAGUGUGAAUGCUGAAACAGCAAUGGCUUUAAGAUGGGUUGAGGACGUUCUUGCCUUGAAGGAUAAGGUUGAUAAGAUCUGGGAAUACAGCUUUUCUUCUGACCAGGGCAUCCAACAGACUGUUUCCAAAUCCUUCGCGGAAUUUAUUAACGAAAACAAGAGGUCACCGGAGUACAUCUCGUUGUUUGUUGAUGAGAAUAUCAAGAAAGGCUUGAAGGGGAAGACAGAGGCGGAGGUCGACAUGGUUCUUGACAAAGCUAUCGUGCUUUUCAGAUACAUCCAAGAUAAGGAUAUCUUUGAGAGAUACUACAAGAAGCACUUGUCCAAACGUCUCAUCCUCGGUAGAUCUAUUUCUAACGAUGUUGAACGCGCUAUGAUUGGGAAGUUCAAGGUUGAAGUCGGAUUCUCAUUCACUAGUAAAAUGGAGGGUAUGUUCAAGGAUAUGAACGUCUCGCAGGAUUUGACCACGGAAUACAAGAAGCAUCUUGCCAACUUACAUCUCGACAACGACCCGACUAUUGACCUGGAUAUCAAAGUUUUGACGUCAACCUUCUGGCCCUGGAGCUCGAUGAGUGGGGAGACGACACAUACUUGCAUCUACCCGCCCGAAUUGGAGAAGAUCAGAUCAUCGUUCCAACAGUUUUAUCUACGUAGACAUAACGGGAGACAGCUCACUUGGCAACCGCAGAUGGGAACUGCUGAUAUUCGAGCUACGUUCAAAAGUCGCAAGUACGAAAUUAACGUUGCAACAUACGCUAUGGUUGUCCUAUUACAGUUCAACGACCCGAAAGUUGAAUCACUGUCCUAUGAUGAAAUUAAAACAUUGACAUCAAUCCCAGAGUCCGAACUCGUCCGCCAUCUACAAUCGCUUGCUGUUGCACCGCGCAGUAGAGUCUUGGUUAAGACGCCUAUGUCGCGUGAUGUUAAACCUACUGACAAAUUCUCGUUCAAUGCGGGGUUCCAAUCGAAGCAGCUCAAGUUUAAAAUCGGAACUGUCAAGGGAGCCGGAAAUAAGGUUGAGACGGACAAGGAGAGGAAGGAGACCGAGGAGAAGGUUGACGAAAGCAGAGCCCAUUUGAUCGAGGCGGCUGUUGUUAGGACCAUGAAGGCGAGGAAAUCGUUAAAACAUGCUGAUUUGAUGUUGCAGAUCACGGAGCAGCUAUCAAAGAGGUUCAUGCCCGAUCCGAGCAUGAUCAAGAAACGGAUUGAGAGCUUGAUUGAACGUGAGUAUUUGGAGAGAGAGACGGCGGAUCCGAAUACUUAUGUUUAUCUGGCUUAA